AUGAAGGGUUUGUUCCGGAUCCUCCUGGCCAUGGUGGUUUAUGCUCUAGUAAAGAUGGACCGGGGAUACAAUACCCCAAGGGUUAUGACCGUGCCCGUCGUUAUCGUUCUGGAUGCCACUUCCGUCAGUGCUAACGUCACAACACCAUAUUCCCACCAAUACCAGCCAGAUCCCAAGGGGAGAUCCCCAUUCUUCUUCUGGUAA